GAGCUUUAAUGCACUCACAAGCAUUCCUUCCUCACUGUUCAAGAACCAGAUCAAUCUCCAGACACUCGAUAUCAGUGAUAACCAGCUGGAUCAACUCCCAGUAGAGCUACUCAGGGAUGUUAAGGACUUAAACGUUUUCAAUGCCUCGCGAAAUCUAAUCACCCAGUUGCCAGCAGAAAUGUUUCAAAGCAACCGUGUCCUCAAACAUAUAGCGCUAGCCCACAACUUGUUGAAGCAAUUGCCUCUUGCGAUUUUCCGCUACAAUACCGAACUUCAGACGAUAAAGUUGUACGGAAAUGAUUUCACGAAGGAUAGUCACUUAUGUUCGCUGGAAAAGUUUGCAUCUCGAAUUGUGAAGCUGGAAGUCAAAAUCAAAAAGUACUUGCAACUGAUUGACGGGAAAUGCGACACUGAUUGUCGUCACGCACCACGCAGUCUCAGAAUUUGUGCACUCUGCACGGGCACUGUAGCUGAACACACUUGCCAAGCUGGCGAUUGUGCCAAGAAUAACACUUAUUUCUCAUGCAAUGACAAAGAACUAACUCAAUUUCCGAUCAACGUGGCAGACACAACCACUUUCUUGAGCGUGAGGACAAACAUGAUAGAAGAGCUGCAGUCGGAGCAGUUCCGUGCACUCGGGCAUUUAGAAUACUUAGAUCUGUCCGACAAUCGGCUGGCCGAAUUACCUUUCGCAAUUUUUGACUGCCUAACCGAGCUCAGAAGUCUGUUUCUGUGUCAUAAUGUGAUCAAAAUCUUGUCUCCCGUCCUGUUUAAACACAACAUCAAGCUCCAAAAUCUAUAUCUUGGCUUCAACUUGAUCUCAUCCUUGCCUGGUGAACUCUUCUCCACCAACCAGCAGCUUCUGACCUUGGAAGUACAGGACAACUUCUUGAAGGGAUUUCCCAAGCAGCUAUUUUUAGGGACACCACGUUUGACUUCAGUGAAUCUCAUAAACGAUCGUUUAGAGGUGUUUGAUCUAUGUACCCUUUCUCAUAUUUCCAAUAUUGAACUAGUUGGCCUGCAUGAUUUGGAUCUUGCAGGGUUCCUGGACACAUGUUCGGAACACUGUUCCGUUGUGAAACCACAAUGCCCAACACAUUCGAUUUGCCAAGGAUCCAUUCAGGACUACACUUGCUCAGAAUUUCAAGUACUCCAAUGUCAACAUGACUUCAACUUUCUGCUCAUGCUUUCUGGUACCAGAAAUCAGACUCUGAGCGAAGCAAUGCAUGGCUGUGCGGACCUUGGCUUUGGGCUGAUCACAACGAAUGACACCAGCUGUGCACAGAACCACCUCCCCGAUACGCGGCAUAAAAGCCCCAAUGCCUGGGUGGCGAGGCCAGACGGGAGUUACGGGACACUGAACCGUACACAUGUUGCGAGUAACGGGCCAUCGGUCGAUGCAACAAGUACUGCUCUAGCUCUGUGCUCGGCUCCAACGAAUGCCUCAUGUGCAGGGCAUGGGAUUAUUUUUGUUCCAAAUAAUAAAUUGAAUGGUUGGGAGGGUGCCCGAGUAACCUGUGAGGGGCACAAAUAUCGACUGUUUGAAACAAAAGAUCGAGGAGAAUGCUCUUUAGACUUCAUACAGAGGUGGUCACGCUUAUUGUUUGGUAACGUCCCAGCAAACAUCUGGUCUGGAGAGGAGGAGAGGUUCCUGUCUAGUAAGGAAGGUUUUGGUACAAUUCACUCCCAAAACUCUGGCUUCCCUGGGUCACACCUAAUAUUCUGUGUGGAUAUCUGCUUCAACACUCCAUGCAAGAAUGGGGGUGUUUGUCUAAAACACGCCAGCGGAAACCGGAUGGAGGGCAUGAAUGAUACAUCAUACUAUAUGUCAUGCAAUUGUUCCAGCUCCUGGUCCGGAGAAUACUGCGAAGACGAUGUUGAUGAGUGCACGGAAGUAAGUCCAGCAGUAAACUGCACUUACCCCACAACGCAGUGUGUCAACAUGCCAGGUUCGUACUAUUGUGAUUGCCCUGCGGGAUUUGAUAAUCCAAGUCGAAACUGCACUUCUCUAGCAAACGCUUGUGCCAACCAUCUGUGUCAAAACGGAGCGACAUGUGUGAAUGGUCAUGUUGCAUACAACUGCACUUGUCCUCCUGGGUGGCAUGGUCAACUCUGUGACAUUAAAGACUCUUGCAUUGGCUGUAGUAAGAAUGGCUACUGCCAGCUGAAGAACGCCUCCUAUCAUUGCCAGUGUCAUCCUCUGUUCUAUGGACCCCAGUGCACAUCGUGGUAUAGAAAUGAAACCAUCAACGGCAGGACAAACGUCUCAUACUGCACGGCCGCCAACCACUACAUGGUCCUGCCACCUAGCUUAAGAGUAGCAUCUUCUGUUUCCACGGCAACGAGAGCACUGCAAGUGUGCCAGGCGUAUGGCAUGGCGUUGCCUGGCCGGAAGGACCUCAGCUGCAUGAAGGGCGUGGUGGAUACGUACCGUGCCUGGUUUACCGCUACCCCCAGUUUGUAUGUUCAGAAUGCUGCACAAUCUCUACUUGUCUUCUCCGAUGAAAGCGUGUCCCCUGCCGACGGACAGGGAAAUGUAACAGUUAUAUGCGUGGCUGUGCUGGCGCGGGUGUGCAGGAUCAACGGCCUGGAGCAGAGGAUAUGGAUGGAGGCAGACAAAAUCGGACCGGCGUCUGUUGUAUCCUGGCAGGCCGCAAGCCAAGUCUGUAACGGAUCACUGUACAAUCCCAACUUUCUUGACCUAUGUGCUCUCCAAUUCUUCAGAGAUGUUCGUAAAAUGUUGGGUGGACGGCAUUUCACUAUGUGGUCAGCCACAGGUAUUAAUUCAUACAUCACCACCGAGGAUGACAUGAGCAGCUCGCACUUUUCAGAGCCUGGAGACGAGCAUAUCGUUGCCUGCGUCACCAAUGAGUGCGAGCAGAAUUCCAGUUUGUGCAGUGGACGUGUGGAGGAUCGCUGUGUGCUGACUGAAGCCGGCUAUGAAUGUCAAUGUCAACCAGGAUUCACAGGACAGAAAUGUACCACUCCCUUCGAUGUAUGUCUACCUAAUCCUUGUCAGCAAGGCAGAUGUGUUACCGUGAUGGGAGAGUAUCAAUGCCACUGUCAGCAUGGCUGGCUGGGGAGAGAUUGCGACAUUGAAGAUCCCUGCGUGACGGGCUCGCACAACUGCACGAGAGGGGUGUGUGUGACAUCCUGGGCACCAUCGCACACCUGUUCAUGCCAUCCUGGCUACACUGGCCAUACUUGUUCAGCGAGGCUAGCUUCUUGCACCCACAGCGUGUGUGUCAACGGAACUUGCGUUCCCGGAAAAGAGGAGCAUACUUGCAAGUGCCAUACUGGAUACACAGGGGUCAUAUGUGAUGUUGACGUCAGCGAGUGCAGCAGCAAUCCGUGUGUGAACGGCCAGUGCUUGAACGUUGGUGAUCGCUAUCUCUGCACAUGUGACCGGGGCUGGAGUGGUGAGACGUGCGCAGACGCGUCUGUUGCAAGUGCUGCCGCAAGUGGGUUUGCCCAUUCCGUCGGGAACAUGGUGACGUGGGUUUCGUUACUCUGUGUCCUCUUCCUCGUGGGAAUCGUCUUUGCUUACCGUCGCCGUGGCGCUGGAGGUGGCAGGAGGAAAAGCGUUGAGCUGGCAGCCAUGAAGUCGAACGGAGGCACUGAGGCACCACCACAAGCAGCGAACUGGGUGCCCACGACACAGACAAGCAAUGAGAAUCUCGACAAUUGCAUGCGACAACUCGCCAAGCACCAGAGUCGGUACGGUGACCUAAUUGCCGCGAUCGAUGGGAAAGAGCUUGGGAGAACACUUUCGGAGGUUGAUCCGGCCACUGCGGACAUGGACUCCUACUUCAAGUCAAAGCCUGCAUCCACAGUCAGCGGGGAAGGCAGCAAACCAGUGGAUGAGUCCUAUGACACAAGCCAAGCAGCAACCCGAGAGGCGUACGAUACGACUGCUGACUAUCGGCCAACAUCCGUCUUGAGUCAGGCAUCCGCACGCCUCGGUCUGAAGUCCACGUACAUUCCGGUGAGCGUGACCGAUACCGAUAUGCGCAGGCGCAGCACCGUCACACUCCCAGCUGAGAACAACAGUCGGCUAGAAGACGAACAGUGCUCGCAGCAUGGCCAGAUAGAAGAUGACCAGUGCUCGCAGCACGGCUUCGCCAACUUGGGCAAGCGUGAGGUGCUGCAAGCUAACGAGACAUAUUCAAACGAGUGCGACACGCAAGAGACUGAAGCCAAACAAGCGAUCGACAACGCUAUCUAUGAUGAGGUGUAGAACACCAAAGAAGACUGCAUGCUGAUGCACGCAUGAUUUUAAGUGCAUGCACCCACGCACACAUGCAAACCCACACAUUAUGUCUGUUCUACAUGUACAUUCAUACUACACGAUAGUCGAUACACACACACACGCACGCACAUCUUGGACAUUGCAAGCGCGCUCUCGUGGACAGUGCGCCGGCUCACUGAUCACAAUCGGUGAAUGCAGUCUUCAUCUGUUUUUUUUAGUGAAAGACAGUCCUGUUGUUUUCGGUUUCUGUCUACUGGCAUUCUGGCACGGCAUGCAAACACCUCUUGGCCAGGAGUCACAAGGCUAACACUUAACCUUACUGCAUUCUGUACUCUGCCUGUUGGUCUCUGCCUAGGCGCCUCAUGUUCAAGCUACACCAGUGAGGCGUUACCAUGGUUACUUCAUUCUCUUUCUUCUCGUUGAGCACAGUGAUGUCAUCACUUGUUCAUCUUUUUUUUCUAAAAUUUAAUUUCUUCUUUGCAGUGUUAGUCCACGUGCAGGUUAUCUCUGCGCUAUGUACAGGUCAGACCGGGCCUGUAUGUUUUAACCGUACUGUCACCAUAACAUAAAUACACCUCAUUAUAGCGUACGAAAUUAAAACACAUUUAAAUGCCCCUGCCGCCGCAACUGCACCAUCUCCAUAGAUUUUUCUUCGCCAUUGCUUAAUCCUAUAAUAUACACGUAGUGUAGUUUUCGCCACGACACACUUGGCUUGGCCCUGCACGCACGGAGACCUCAGAAUAACCUGAAACGUCGCCAGCCAGUGGCCGUUCCAGCUACGUCACCGUCACUUCGAAUCUUCUUGAGCGUUUUCUGUGAACAGGUUCAACAAGUUGACCAUUUUUCCAGGGCAUGUCAUGAUCUUUCAAGGCCAAAAGCUCUUUUUCUUAGUAAUAUUACAUGUAGCAUGGAUAGCCUCACUUGCAUUCAACCCGCAUACAGUGAUUUCUUCAGAAUCAGCUUAUUUAUUUUGUUUGUUUCCUCAUGCUCUACAAUACUGUGGAACUCUACCGUAAUCACUG